CUGAGGAGAAAGAUUGAAGCGCAGUCUCCUGGAUAUACAUCCAAGCAGAAUGGCCUCUCCUGUGGGGCGUCAGGGUCCGACUUCAAGCGCCUCCGCAUGGAACCCAGCUCUUUUCGAUCUGGUUGCUGUGCUUUGGCUUCAGGGCAGACUCAAAGAUUGGUAGGGGAUGCCACCCAAGGUAGCAUCCUUCGAAGAAAGGACACGUUCAUGAUGCCUCAUGGAAUUAGCAAUGAUUUAUUCAACACAACUCUAAGGGAUAUGAAGAAGGAGCCAAUUGACGUUCAGACCUGUGGCCAGUCAUCCACAAAUCAUUCAACAUUGACGUUUGAUUUCAAAGAUGAAGUAAGUGGACAGAUUGACCCAGAGCUCCAGGAUUUGUUUGAUGAGCUCACCAAGACCGUGCCAUCACUCAAUGAUCUAGAGCUGGAGAAGAUGCUAAAGCAAGAUGAUGUCUUCGGCCUGGAUCUUGUUCGACCCAGUUCAGCUGGUGCGGCUCCUCCUUGUAUUCACCUGGAUAAACCGAUCAAGACAGAGUACUCACCAGAUUUUAGCCAGGCCACUGGAAGCUCUCCACAACUAAGACCAGCCUCUGCAGGACCUUCCUUCUCCAUGGCCAACACAAGUUUAUCCACCUCACCCAUCACUUCAGGACACCAUGGUCAGAUACCGACUGGCGGUCCCUCUCGAGGUCUUCCAGCAUGGCAUGAGAUGUCACAUGCUGAGCAGCUAAAGCAAAUGGCUGCUAACCAACAGCAGCCCAACUCUAUGCUCCACAACCACCAGCAGAGUCAAGCAGGAGGGGUUAGGAACUGGUCUACUGCCUUAGGUGUCCACCAAACUCCUGGCUCUUUCAGUCAGGAGACUAUUCCAGGUAAUGCCUCCCUUUCUCAGCAGAGACUCAAUGCUCAGAGUACUGGUCAGACCAAAGGCAUGUCCAACUGCUUUCUCAAAUCCAAUGAAUUCAACCCAUCCCAUCACAUGGACACGAAGGUUCUCAGCACCAAGCCCCUGCUGCAUUUCAGCCCUAAAGUACCACCUUCCACCAUGAGCCAACAAAUGCCCAUCAUGGCUGCUCCACCAAACAAAACAACCAUGCAACAGCAGCCAUCUACAGCAGGCCAGGGCAUGCACUUUCAGAACUGCCAGCUGCCCAUGCAGCCGUCUGCCUGCCUGCAAACAAAGCCUCUAAGUCAAAGGCCUCCACUCAAUCAACAUGGUGCUGGAAUCACUUUCAAAUUGGCACAGCAGAGACAGGGAAUUUCGCCAGGACCUCGUUUACCAGCGAAUGGGCAUCCUGUAGAUGUAACAGGCCAGACCCAACAGCAGAGGCCUCCAGUUCUCAGUUCUCAGCAGAAGAACCCAGGCCAGGACCAGAACCUUCAAAGACCGCUGGGUCAACCGCAGCUCAACAUCCCUGAUACAGAGAAACUGAGCACACAGGAUAAGUUCAGUCGUCAUCUAACACGACCUCCACCAGACUACAAACAACCUCGCAAUGGAGUUGGAGCUCAACAGACAAGCUUAUACGCAGGCAAUGGGUCAGACCAAAGUGACAUCCAACCCUUGUCAUGCCACCUGCUUAAUGGACAGGGUACCAAGAUGGUGCCCACGUCAGUAGAGAGAAGGUUUCCACUUGGACAAGACCGUAAUUCAGGACCCACAGGUGCUCAAGCUUGCGCAAACCAGCUCCGACAGCAACCCAGCAGCCUGAUCCGAAUAGGGCUUCAGCAAAACAAGCCUCAGUUCCAUGGGACAAACAGCCAGAGUGCCACUUUUCAAUCGAGCACUCAGCAUGUGAGGAUGAGCAUCAGUCAAGAUUCCCUGCUGGGGCAAAGAUUGGGUGACAUGAUCACCAAUACCAGCAGGAUGGACACUGCUUUGAACUGGGCGAACAGCACCAAACAGAGCGGAGCUCCAACAGGACUAGAUGUCAAAAGGCUCCCCAAUACAGUGAUGCCCCAAAGUGACAUUCAUUUUCCUCCGAGGUCUAUUUGUCCACCUAACCAGGUGGCACCUCAUUCUAGUCUGCUACCCAUAAACCCUGCAAUCAGAAGCUCUGCUCCCAGAGCCAGUCAGCCUAGGAUACCCCCUCUACCUGGGGUGACUUGCCUGACACAGUCGUCCCCCGAACAGCAGGGCUGUCCGACCACAUUUGGAGAGCUGAGCCAAAGCCCAGCAACUUAUCAGAACAACCGGGCAGGCCGGUUGACCUUUGAUUUCUUACCAGAGGAUGAUAACACGGUACCAGGGAUAAAUGCAGACUCAGAUUUCAUUGACUCCCUGCUCAAAUCAGGUUCAGGCAAUGAUGACUGGAUGAAAGACAUCAACUUGGAGGAAAUUCUAGGUGGACAUUCAUAAAAUAGACUCAAAGCAUGAGAAUUUAGUUUAAACUGACUGUAUUAGGAGCCUGACGUGAAAGGCCUGUUCAUUUUAUUAUUUUAUCAUCCCUCUAUUUGUGUGGAAAACAAAUGUAUAUGUUCUAUUAUAUUGUUGGGUUGAUCCUUCAUACCAUCUACUAACAUGUUGUACAGUUUAAUGUUCAUGGCUUCAGUGUUUUAAAUCCACCACACAGUACCCCCAAAUCCAUACCAGUUAUCAUUCAAAUGCUGUGAGAUUUCUGUUAGAGCUUUUGUUACCAAUCCGUUAGCACAGAGAUUAAUGUAAAAUAAACUGUGAUUCGACUGCCAUGAUAGAGCCAUUGAGCAUGACAGCGGCACUUAAGAAGCAGUUUUUUUUUUUACUUUGUUAUACUUUGUUUGUUCUGGCUCUUAUAGUUCAAGGUUCAUCUUAAAUGUUAUAAUAUUGAAAUGCUUUUGCAUAACAUAAAAGUACAGAUCUGUUUUGAAUAUCCAUUCUGAAAUUAUAUAUUAACGGGUAUUAAAAAGAGCCAUUUAUGUAUCAUUUUAUUACACAUCCAAAAGAGAAAAUAUGUAAAGGGAAUACACAUAUGUUCAGAAUGUUAGAUGGUAGAUGUAACUGAUAAGGUCGACCUUCUUUAGAAAGACGUUAUAAGUUCUUAUUGGUAAUAUUGUAUUUAUACAUCUGUAUCUCAGUAUAUAAAAUAUUUUUUCUAUUUCUUUUCUAUA